CGUUUAGUCACUAAAAACCCAAAAUCCUCAACUCAAAUGACCACAAAUUCUUCCAGAAUCCUGGUGGUGAACUUAAAAAUAUAUGAAUAACAAAACCACAACUAAUGCUUCCCAAUACCCUACUGAUAAACACAGCUGGAUUAGUGUUGAACUCUAAUUGGUUGAACUAGACCAUCCAGCUCAAUAAAAGACUGGAGAUCGACUGUACUGUACAUGACAGAGCAAAUCACUGCUGGAGUGACAAACAGAUUGUAAGAUGAAGAACUUUGCUGUCAUCUUUAUGGUACUGGCCAUAAUGGCUGAUAUCACCACAGCCAAGAAGCUGCGUCUGGUCAAUGGUCUGAAUGGUGGUCUGGUUACUGGUGUAAAUGGAGUUAACCCUCAACUGGUGGGUGGUCUGAAUCCACCCAUGUUUUCUGGUGGUGCUGCUGUUAUAGGACAGCCUCCGUUUACACAAUUUAUUCCUGGAGCCGCUCUUUCUCCAUAUGUGCUUCAGCAGCCACCCGUGGCCGCAGUUCCCUACGCCCCACCCAACACGGGACCUCAGUUGGCUUAUCCUUUCGCUCCCUCUAACGGGGGGCUGCCGUAUUACAUUAGUGGUCCCCAGAAUCAACCAGUGUUAUUCCCUCCUCAGCAGCAAGUUGCGGCUGGACAAGGCCCUAUUGGAGCUGCAGGCCUAAUACCACCAGGUUCACUGACUAGAUUUAAACGCUCCUUCCUCAGAAGGACCACAAGACCCCCUGUCUCAAUCACCCAGAUCCCAGCUCAGGUCAGCCCAACUGUGUCUGGAAACUUAGGUGAAAGACGUGUUUGAAUCGCUGAGAUACUUUCAAGAUAUCUCCUCUUCUUUUCUACAUUAAGUGUCAUUUUCUAUUUUCAAUAUUACAUAAUCAUUGCUGAUAAGUAAAAUGUAUUCCUUAUUAAGCCAUUCUAUUUGUCUAACCCUUUGCUUUUUACUGACAAAUUAUCAGCAUGUGUAAUGUUUAUACCGAAUACUUAAUAAAAGUCAUAGUUUGUAGCAACUGUGAAU